UAGAAAGAACGUUUCUCGUACAGCAAGGGAUGCAGGCUGCCGCCAUCUGGACUUUGUGAUCGUCAAGCCUAUAUCACGGGUGAUGUAACUCACGUAUCUGUGGUCCCCUCCGGAAUGAUGGAGUGGGGUGUUCAAGUGUAUAAAGAAGCCUAAAAGUCUCUCACACAACGACCGCACUACCAGCAAAAUAGGAUCGAGUAUUGAGAGCAAUAUGGGGUCCGCUGAUGUUUCAGGACAGCUUUUAACUCAGCUGGUAGACCAGCAAGCGAAGGAGCAGCCCGAUCGCUUGUACUGUCUGCACCCCAGCUCCCAGGAUGCGGAUUGUGAGUGGCGUUGUAUAACGUUCCAGCAGGUGUCUGCUGCUGUGGACCGUGUAGCGUGGUGGAUUGACAGCAGACUUCCUGGAAGAAAGCAGCAGAUUCUUGCCUAUAUUGGAACUAAUGACUUGCGAUAUUUGGCUUUUGAGCUAGCUUGCAUGAAGACAGGCCAUGCGGCUCUACUUCUAUCCACUCGCAACUCGCAGGCAGCCUUUCAUCAUUUGCUGUCGAAGACGAACUGCUCAGUACUUGUGGAUGGUAGCGAGCGACCCCAGCUGAGAAAAGUUGUCGACCAGGUUGAAGUCGCUUGUUCUAAUCUCGGCUUGGAACGAUGGCGUAUGGAUCCCGUCUGGGAUGUCUUCGCAGCAUCUCCUGUCAAGCCGUAUUCCCACCAAGAGAAUUUCGCAGACAUAGAAGACCGCCCAGCUAUCAUCAUCCACAGUUCGGGCACUACAGGUCUUCCCAAACCGGUAACUCUGACCCAUGGAUAUCUGGCAACGAUGGAUCAGAUGCAAACGCUUCCUGUGCCUCAUGGUCGUGAAUCCGCGCAGUUGUUUCUGCGACACAAGGGUGAGAUGCGAUUCUGCCACGGACCAUUAUUCCACUUUAUCGGAAUUGUAUGCGUGUUUGAGUGCAUAUUUUACGAGACACCUUUUCUACUAUCCCCAGAUCGACCUCUAACCCCAGAUCUCUUCUCGCGGAUUAUGGCAACUCCCGAUCCACCUCGUUGGUGUCUAAUCGCUCCGUUUGCGUUGCAGGAUCUUUGGUCGUCUGAGAAGGGACGACAGGCAAUACAGGGCUUUUCCGCAGUGAAUUUUGGCGGUGCACCACUGUCAAGCGCCACUGGAAACGCAAUCUCUUCCCACUUUCGCCUGCAAACAUUGAUGGGUAGCAGUGAGACUGGUUACACGCCGACACUUCUCUGUGAAGACCCCGCGGACUGGGAUUGUUUCGAAUGGAAUCCCGCCUUCGAACAUCGCAUGGAGGAAGUCGGUGAUGGGCUGUGGGAAUUAGUUAUCCCUCGGCCUUCGUCUCGUCGGUAUCAUGGUAUUUUUCACGCCUUUCCAAAUCUUAGCGAAUAUCGAACGGGUGAUCUUUUCGAACCUCAUCCCACAAAACCACGCCUGUGGCGAUCAAAGGGGAGGGCAGAUGACAUAAUUGUUUUAAACAACGGCGAAAAGCUCAACCCUAUUGAUGCCGAGCACCUCCUUGAAACCCAUCCCUUAGUUCAUCGUGCUGCCAUUUUCGGCCAGAAUCGAUUCCAAGUGGCCUUGCUAGUUCAACCUGUAUGGGAUGAGCUCCCGGAUACAUGGACCCCACAAUGGCUGAAGCAGGCUCUAGAGCCCCUCGUGAAAGAUGCCAACGGCUUGUUGCCUGCCCAUGGACAAAUUCAUCAUAACCGUAUCGCUGUGGCUUCUCCUGAUCGGCCAUUUGCGCUGGCCCCUAAGGGGUCUCUUCGCCGGCGAGAAACGGCUCAGCUCUAUGAGGAAGUUAUCAAUGAAAUAUAUAGUGAUGCAACAGGUAACGAACGCUCUAUUAAUGACGUGGAAAAACUGCAAGAGACGACUAUGGAAGGUAUCGAGCUGUGGCUACAAGAGGCUGUUUCUCGGAUCUUGGGUGGGAUCUCUGUGGAUCUAGAUGCCGAUAUUGUCACUCUAGGGAUGGAUUCUCUUCAGGUAGUUCGACUCGCGCAGGCACUGCAAGAUGCGGCCGAUCGCAUGCGUCAACCUAAACAAAUAGCUGCAUUGUGGACCAGUGCAGUCAUCUAUGAGCAAGCCACGGUCCGGCGUCUCGCAAGUACGCUUUUCCGACAACUACAUGGUCAUAGUGGAGCGGAAAGCGAGGAGCACACAUCGAGCUUUUGGCCACGAGAGCAUCAAUUGACACAUGCAAUCUGGCAGCAGGCACAGAACCUUCAGCUCAGCGGAAAGACGGUACUUCUAACUGGUUCGACUGGCGAGCUUGGCAGCUAUCUUCUAGAGGAGCUGCUGCAGGAUCCGACCGUUGCACAGGUAUAUUGCCUCAAUCGUUCGGCAGAUGCGGAAAGCCGACAGCUUGCUAGAUUCCAUGAGAAGCGGUUAGCUGAUGGCUGGCUUGUGGAUACUUCUCGAGUCAAAUUCUGGCAGGCUGACUUGAGCCAAGAACGACUCGGACUGACUGCGGAUGAACACAGUUACUUGCGAGAGCGGGUGGAUAUUGUUAUCCAUAAUGCCUGGAUGGUGAAUUUCAAUCUUCCAUUGUCCAGUUUCCGUUCUCAGCUGGAAGGGACUGGACGGCUUCUCAACCUAAUCAAGGGCUCACCUCGCCACGCCGCGUUCCAUUUGAUUUCUUCCAUUGCGGCCGUGAGUGGUCGCCCUACCAUUGUGCCCGAAACUGAUCGCAUUGCAGAAGCACUGCAUGGGCCGUCAACAGUACUUAGUCAAGGCUAUGCAGAAUCAAAAUACGCAGCAGAAGUUCUGUGUGACCUCGUCGCGAGGGAAACUAAACAGAAAAUUGCCGUUCACCGUGUUGGUCAACUGGGAGGACCCACAGAUGCUGAGGCAGGUAUGUGGACGACACGAGACUGGUUUCCAGCACUGGUACGAACAUCUCAGACGAUGAAAGAAUUGCCUGACAGUAUUGGGUCAAUCCCAGUGGAUUGGGUGCCCAUUGAUAUCGCUGCUCGGUGUAUUGUUCAGAUCGCCUGCGGGGGACAUAAUGAUCGGUUAGCUUCCACCGGGUCGAACAACGCAGAGGUCUAUCAUAUCACAAACCCACAUAUUAGUAACUGGGAACCAUUGGCUCAGAUUAUAAGCCAAACCUGCUCUUCCAAGAUAAUUUCUCUCAAGGAAUGGGUGCAAAACCUGACGGACCGUGUAUCUGACCCGGAAGUCAACGAGGAAGCCUUGCGGGAAAUUCCUGCGGCGUCGCUUCUAGGCUUCUUCAAGUCGCUUGCUGAUUCUGGGGGUUGGAUACGUCCUCCAGCGGAUACCACCAACGCCCAAAAGCAUAGUGCAGCUUUGCGUGCUUUGGGACCGGUGGAUGCAUCGUUGAUGAAAGUGUGGUUGCAACAGUGGAGCGACUGGAUCCCGGAGCUGCGAGUUUAGCAUUAUGUUGUGGCUGAAAUUCUCUCAUUGGGUCGGAUACCCAGAGCAGCAUGUCACGAAGAUGAGGUUGGUAAUGGUUUUGAUGCAGC